UAUAGUAUUUGGCAAGAGUCCUGCGCGCUGACAGUCGAAAUUCCGUUGAGAGCGAAGCUGGCAAAAAGUAAAAGUGAAAAUCAGGCCCUUGAAAUUUGUUCAUCAAUUAUGCAUUGAUUAACGAAAGCAGCGAGCGAGAAACAGUGAAUGUGAAUUGUUUUGAGAGCGCGGUUAACGGAAAGUGAAUUUGAAAAGGGUUUUUGGCGGAUAUACACAUAUAUAUUUCUUUGCGUUCCGUAAUCCAUAAUUGCGCGAAAGCACUCGAGCGCACACACCACCCACCACCAACACCCACACCACGCACGGUAUAUACACACACAGUUGUGGGUGAGCCGCCCCCACUGUGCCCUUGGCCCCACGGACCCAAGAAGCGUUCGAUUUUUCACAACAGUCAGUGAAAUCGCCAGUGGAAGAACGAGAGCCCCGGGAACCCCGAUAGCCCCGACCACCGGAGACCCAUACAAAUCAUCAUCAUGGACAUGCUCAACCAAAUACUCAGCAUCAAUAACGGUGGCGCCUACGGGGGCGGGAAGGCGGGCGGCGCCUUCGACCCGCUCACGUUCGCCAUGAAGCCCCAAGUGGUCAUCAGGGCCCUCUGCUGGCUAUUUUCGGUCGUGGUCUUCGGCUGCAUAUCCUCGGAGGGCUGGACGGAGAAGGACGGCAAGGAGUACUGCCUGUACAAUGGUGACGGCAUGGCCUGCAAGUACGGCAACAUGGUGGGCGUCUUCGGGUUCCUGGCCUCCAUGGGUUUCAUGGGCGGCGAGUUCCUGUUCGAGCGGAUGUCGUCGGUGAAGAGCAGAAAGCGUUACGUCAUGGCCGACAUGGGUUUCUCGGCCGGCUGGACAUUCAUGUACUUCGUGGCCUUCCUCUACUUGUGGUCCCAAUGGAGCUCGUCACCCCCGCCGCCACUGGGAAUCGGAGCUGGCAGCAUGAAGACCGCCAUCUGGUUCUGCCUCUUCUCGAUUGUCAGCUGGGCCCUCUGCGCUCUGAUGGCCUACAAGCGUUUCCUGAUCGGCGCCGGCGAUGAGUUCACCUCCGCCUUCGAAACGGACCCGGCCAACGUGGUGCACCAGCAGGCCUACGGCUACUCAAUGGACAACGACAACGAACAGUACAGCGCCUCACCAUUUGGCCAGCCACAGCAGGGAGGCAUGGAGCAGCAGCAAUCCGGAAUGGAGUACCAGCAGCCCACCUACUAAGGAAUUUCCACACACUUGCUCCUCCGUUGUCCGCACACACUCACUUCGAUUUUGUAGUGCAACUGGCAAAGGUUUUACACGACUAAACAGCAACACACAAGUUGGCUUUACCAUAUACACCGAUGUCGAACAUAUAACAAGAGUAACCGAAACAAUAACAGUUGAAACAAGCAAGCAGCAGCAGAAACCAAUCCAAAUCCACGCACUGGCUUUAGCUACUGGAAGAUAUAUCAGGGGAUAUAUAUUUGGGAUAUGUUGGAUCUAUCUGAUAUGUCGGAGUAGUUCGAAUAACUCGUAAGCUAGCCCUUUAAGUUGAGUGUGCAGUUUUUUGUAGUGGACAUUUGUUGCAAUAUAUUAUACAGAUAUACAACUAGUUAUAUAUCCCAUAUGUAUACAUGCUACCCGCGCUUUCAACGUUGUUAGUUAUUUAGUGUUUACGUGUACGUACCAUAUGAUUUUGAUUUGUGCCAGACCCUGGUCCCCCGAUCAGCUUGUUAACGAUGGCAAUAGCUUGCAACAGAGGGAAACAUGAUGUUUUUUAGAUAAAUUUACACACGUGCAGUGCAAAUACAUAGUUGAAAAAAUAAAUUGAAGCAAUUUGGCCACCGGAAGGACAGACGAACCACUGCUCAAGCCACAUAUCCAAUAUCUAUCUGGACAUACCCACAAAUAGACCUGCGGCCAGGGUCGAAGCUUGGUUAGUUGAGCAGCAAUAGCAACCACAAUAAUAAACGCCAAACAAUAUGUAAAUUCUAAACAGUAAGCGAUCUUUAAACCGUAGAAUUGUUGUGUGGGUAUACGUUUUCGGGAGAUUACUGCAGGAAUAUUACUAGUUAUGGUUCGCAAUCACGCUGAAAAUGGUAUAGGGCUUGUUCAAGGCUUGUUGUUGCCCCUCCCUACCAAAGAUUUGUAUAGUAACUAUAAAUACCCAAACAAAUGGAAUUAUACUUAUGUGUACAAUACCCAUUAUGCAUUGUAGAGUGGCGGUCUUACCCAAAAAAAAAAAAAAAAACUGGGUGCGAUGCCUCCUUCAAUAUACUUAAAUAUCAAUGAAUGUAAACAUAUUGAUUACAUAAAUGUUCACUUAGUGCAGCAACUUGCGAUAACCUACAAAUGUAUUUGUUAAAUUAAAUACUAUAUACAUAUAUAUUAUAUAUAUUUACGGAUUGUACGUUUAAUACGAAGCGCCCUGUUAAAUGCAACAAGGAGAUACAAAUAUACAAGUAUAAAUUAAUCAUGUAGAAUUCGUGUGCGUUAAAAUGGUAGACAAAGAAAACCAAAACCAAAUUUACUCAUUUCAAAAAUUAAGAUCGAGAAAAAUAGAGAACCCAGCCCGAAAUCGGCUUGAACACUAUUGUAACAGAGAAACUCCUCAAACAAGAUUCUCAACUGGAAACCCCUCAAAUAAAUAUAAAUACAUAUUUUUAAAAACCAACCCAAAA